AUGGUUGGCUGGCAAUUUAAUUGUGCUAGUACAACUUGUUUACCAUUUUCUAGUCUUAUUGUAUCGGACAUUUUCAAAUGCGAACUGGCUUGUCUAGCUCAAGUACAAUGUGAAGCAAUUAGUUUUCAUCAAUCAACUACUAAGUGUGAAUUAUUUGCUAACAUAACGAAUCAAAAUGGGAAUAUGUCGGCCAAUAAUGAUAUUGUGACUCUGAUUGUUAUAGAUCAAACACGAUUUGCAUCAGUUACAGUUCCUGCAGCACACUGGAACCCUAGUGGCACAACUAUGGCUGGCAAUCCUAGCGGUACAGCAGGAGUAGGUGCAAGUCAGUUGAAUAAGCCUUAUGUUUUGAGACUUGAUUCAUCAGAUGCUCUCUAUAUCUCUGAGUUGGAUAACAACAGAAUACAAAAAUGGAUCAUAGGAAAUUCAAAUGGUGUCACUGUUGCCGGACAGGCAGAUGGAACAUCAGGUGCUUCCUCUACUACCCUUAAUCAACCAGUCGGUCUUGCAAUCGAUUCAAGUGACAACAUGUACAUCGCAGAUAAAUACAAUAAUCGGGUAAUUUACUGGGCAAAUGGUGCAUCGUCUGGUUCGAUGAUCGCUGGAACAGGUUCCUAUGGAAGUGCAAACAAUCAGUUAAGUUAUCCUAAUAUGAUCGAACGUGAUACUAGCUCGGGCACUCUGUACAUUGGUGAUGUAGGAAAUCAACGUAUAAUGCAAUAUCUUAACAGUAGUUCAUCAGGCACUUUAGUGGCUGGUGGAAAUGGUUACGGAACAGGCAGCACUCAGUUAUGCAAUCCAUACGGAUUUACUCUGGAUUCAUCGACUAAUAGUUUGAUAAUUGCCAGUUAUAGUGCUCAUAAUGUAGUUCGUUGGGUGAUAGGUGAUACUAGUUGGACACUUCUUGUUGGCAGUACUGGAGUAAGCGGAUCUUCGUCGACACUUUUAAAUAGUCCAGUUGGUGUAGCAGUAGAUCAAUAUGGAAAUAUAUAUGUAGCUGAUUCAGGCAACCAUCGCAUCCAAUUCUUUUUAUCUGGUCAAUCUAGUGCUACUACAAUUGCCGGUGUCACCGGUUCGUCUGGCACAAGCGCUACUCAAUUAAAUUACCCAUAUGGAGUAGCACUAGAUAGUCAAUUCAAUUUAUAUGUGGCAGAUAGCAGUAAUAAUCGAGUGCAAAGAUUUGCACGGUACUGA